GAGUACCACUUUGAAUACACGGAGUGUGAUAGCAGCGGAUCCCGAUGGAGGGUAGCGGUCCCCAAUCCAGAAGAGGAAUGUUCUGGUUUACCUGAUCCUGUCAAAGGAAAAGAGUGCACUUUUUCUUGUGCCGCUGGGGAAUACCUUGAAAUGAAAAACCAGGUCUGCGGUAAAUGUGCUGAAGGGACUUACUCCUUGGGAAGCGGGAUCAAAUUUGAUGAAUGGGAUGACCUGCCUGCAGGAUUCUCUAAUGUAGCAACCUAUAUGGACACAGCUGUUGGCUCAACUGAGGGAAAAGCAGAUAGUUGUGGCAAAUCUACGUGGACCCCACGUGGGAAUUACGUUGAGUCAAACAGGGAUGACUGUACCGUCUCCUUGAUCUACACUGUGCACUUGAAGAAGUCCGGUUCAGUCACCUUUGAGUACCAGUAUAUUGACAACAACAUCUUCUUUGAGUUUUUUAUUCAAAAUGACCAAUGUCAGGAGAUGGAUGCUACAAGUGAUAAGUGGGUGAAACUGACUGAUAAUGGUGAAUGGGGCUCCCAUUUUGUAACACUAAAAUCAGGUACUAAUAUAUUAUACUGGAGAACAACAGGGAUCCUUAUGGGUUCGCAGGUGGUGAAGCCUGUACUAGUUAAAAACAUCACAAUUGAAGGGGUGGCCUAUACCUCUGAAUGCUUUCCCUGCAAACCUGGCACAUUCAGCAACGUAUCGGGGUCUUCCACAUGCCAGGUGUGUCCUCGAAAUACCUACUCGGAAAAAGGUGCUAAGGAAUGCACCAAGUGUGAAGAAGAAACACACUAUGCAGAUGAAGGAUCAAGCCAGUGUAAGGAACGCCUUCCGUGUUCAAACAAAGAUUUUUUCCAGAUCCACACGCCGUGUGAUCAAGAAGGGAAGACUCAGCUCAUGUAUAAAUGGGUAGAACCUAAGAUCUGCAGGGAUGACAUCCCUGAAGCUGUGAAACUGCCCCCUUCGGGAGAGAGGAAAGAGUGUCCACCUUGCAACCCCGGUUUCUACAACAAUGGAUCAUCCUUCUGCACUCCUUGUCCUCUGGGCACAUUUUCUGAUGGCACAAAGGACUGCAAAACCUGCCCUGCGGGUACAGAACCAGUGCUCGGACUGGAGUAUAAAUGGUGGAAUGUGUUACCUCUCAAUAUGAAGACUUCUUGUUUCAAUGUUGGAAAUUCAAAAUGUGAUGGAAUGAAUGGUUGGGAAGUAGCUGGUGAUCAUAUCCGCAGUGGGGCUGGAGGUACAGAUAAUGAUUAUCUGAUUGUAAAUCUUCAUAUACCAGGAUUUAAGCCUCCAACGUCAGUAACAGGGGUAACGGGUUCAGAGCUUGGACGGAUCACUUUUGUUUUUGAGACCAUUUGCUCAGCAGAUUGCGUGCUGUAUUUCAUGGCGGACAUCAAUAAAAAGAACACAAAUGUAGUGGAAUCCUGGAGUGGAAGGAAGGAGAAACAGUCAUACACACACAUAAUCACCAAAAAUGCUUCUUUUACAUUCACUUGGGCCUUUCAAAGAACAAGCCAAGGCCAAGAUAGCAGAAAGCUCAUCAAUGACGUUGCAAAGAUCUACUCAAUAACAGUGACCAAUGCUGUUGAUGGUGUUGCUUCAUCUUGCCGGGCCUGUGCCAUUGGGUCAGAACAGUCUGGCUCUUCUUGCAUCCCCUGCUCAGCUGGCUACUAUGUGGAAAAGGAAACCAACCAGUGCAAAGAAUGUCCUCUGAAUACAUACCUGUCCGUUCAUCAAGUGUAUGGCCAAGAAGCAUGUGUCCCUUGUGGCCCCGGCAGUCAAAGUACCGAGGAUCAUUCUGCUUGCUUUAGUGAUUGCAUGCUCUCAUACAUCAAGGACAAUCAGAGCCUGAACUACGAUUUUACCAGCCUGAGCAGAGUAGGCUCAUUAAUGAAUGGACCAAGCUUUACAGCAAGAGGAACAAAAUUCUUCCAUUUUUUCAACAUCAGCCUGUGCGGGAAUCAAGGGGAAAAAGUAGCAAUCUGUGCAGACAAUAUUACAGAUAUCACACUAAAGGAUAUGGUAGCUGAAUCGGAAGAUUAUUCCAACAUUGUAAGGGCUUUUGUCUGCCAGUCUACUAUCAUUCCUCCUGACAGCAAGGGAUUCCGAACUGCUUUGGCACUUCAGUCCAACAGCCUCGCUGAUAUGUUCCUUGGAGUUACUAUUGAAACAUCACUGGGAAAUAUUAAUGUUAAGCCAGAAUUGUUUGAGCACUCCGAGAACAAAAUACCCGAUGUACAUUUCUAUUACAAGUCUUCAGGAGCUACAGCCACCUGUGAAAAUGGCCGUGCUUCUGUUGUGACAAUGAGAUGUAACCCUGCAAAACCUGGCGAGGGAGAAAUUUCAGUUCCCAGCUCUUGCUCUGCAGGUACCUGUGAUGGGUGUACGUUCUACUUCUUGUGGGAAAGUGCAGAAGCUUGUCCCAUGUGUACAGAACAGGACUAUCAUGAAAUAGAGGGUGCUUGUAAAAAAGGUCACCAGGAAACCUUAUAUGUAUGGAAUGAACCAAAACUGUGUAUAAAAGGGGUCUCCUUGCCUGAGAAAAAGACUGUCAUCUGUGAAACCAUGGAUUUUUGGCUAAAAGUUGGAGCGGGUGUUGGCGCUUUCACAGGAGUCUUGCUAAUUGCAUUGACCUGCUACUUCUGGAAGAAGAAUCAGAAAUUGGAGUAUAAAUAUUCUAAACUGGUGAUGACAGCAAAUUCAAAAGAGUGUGAUCUUCCAGCUGCUGACAGCUGUGCAAUCAUGGAAGGGGAAGAUAACGAAGAGGAAAUCGUAUAUUCAAAUAAACAGUCAUUACUAGGAAAACUCAAAUCACUAGCAACAAAGGAAAAAGAAGACCGCUUUGAAUCUGUUCAGCUGAAAUCCUCAAGGUCUCAAAAUAUAUGAAGACUUAACUCUGCCUUUGGACUGGCAAAACUGAUUUCUAUUUUUAGGGGACCACGUUUCCAACAUGAUCUGGCACUUAUCUGAGCAGCGGUCUCUUGCAAGAAAUGUUGAGCAAGCUAAGAUGGGAGAGAAAGCAGCAGAGAACAACAGAGAAAGUUGCCUUAUGAGACUGAGUAACUUGCCAAAAGAGGGAAGUAAGCAGUUUGGGUUCUAAGCAGGGAGUGGAAGCUCAACUCAGGGAGAGAGGGAGCAUGGGCAGAGAUGGUCCAGGACAUGUUGGUGUCUCAGAUGGAAAAUGUGAAGAGCCCCUCCCAGAGUAGUUACAAAUAUAGUGGGAAACAAAAUAGUUUGACAUUUUGUGCCCUCUAACGCCCUCUGCCCCAUUGUUGGCUAUGUGAGGUGAGUUGCUUCACUCAAUAAAGAGGUCUUGCCUAAUCUGAAGUUUACACUUACCUGUGCAUUGUUUUGGCAUGCCAGAUGCUUUAUUAUCUGUGCCCCUUUAUUUGUGGGUUCUGGAAAAACCAUAGCUGAUUUGUUUCCCCAUUCUUGGAAAGGAAAGCACUUUGUCAUAUAGAUCUGUGAUGUUUUGCAUGAAGUUAGGAAUCCAGUUUCAUCUGCAAAUCUCAGAGGCAAAACUGUCUUAUCAGAGAAACACUGACCAUGUUGUCCAAAGACUAAGAAUGUAAUCUUACAUGUGUUUUCUUAUAAGGAGGUUCCACUGUAUUUAGUUGUGCUGGCUCUUAGUAAGAGUGUUUGGAAUGGCAGUCUAGCUUGCUGUGGUCUACUCAGAGUUUAUUAAAGAUCCAAUUUUUGGAACUACAGAUCCCAGGGUUCUCUAGUCAGUAUGGUUACUGGCCACAAUCCCUGGGAGAUCUUGGCAUUUAUCGUAAAACAAACAAACAAAUAAAAAAAAUCUUUUUAAAGUUCUGGUCUCACUGCAAUAAUCAGUUUUGCCCAGUUGAUACAUGGAAUUAGUGCUGACCAUCUGUUUUAGGGAGCAGUCACUUUAGAGGCAAGUUGCCCUGGGAAGCUCUUUUGUAUGAAUCAGCUCUUCUGCAGGUUAUAUGACAUUUCUUUUAGUUGCACCACAACAAACCCUAGCCCUAAGGAUUUGCAACAAAAUGGCAAAAAUUGCUGUAACUGCAUAUGGGCUUGCUAAAAGGAAUGGGCCUUAAUCUUGCCUCAUUUCAAACGGUGACCACCCAACAAUUCAUAAGAAAUAAAUAGUACCUAGUGAAGUCUAAUAUUCUAAUGCUGAAUAAGGGUGAAAUGGGGAAAGAGAAAAUUUUAGAAUCCUGAAGAGGCAAACGAUUUCCCAUGGUAUAUUUCUACAUGACAAAUGGUUCUGCAAAUUGUUGUUGGACCAAGAAGGGAAAAAUCAAUAGAAAUAUAUUUGGGCCUCUGAGAGACUCUGGUAUGCUUAUAAUUUCAAAAUUACCCUUUUAUGCAUCCAGAAUCACAAGUGGCCAGUAACUUACUUUUGUAGAUAUUUGAUCACUCUCGUAAACAGGUGACCUUUCAAGUUCUGUAGGACUCUUCAGGUUGUGCAAUACAAAAUUGGGGCAGAGAGCAAGGAGAAAGGAAAAAGUCCAAAAAUCAUUCAGCCAGGACCUGUACUUAUAGCUCCAAACUUAGAAUACAAACUUAAAAAAUCAGUUUGAGGUAGGGAUGUGAGUUUCCUAGUUUCUCAACUUUUACACAAGAAAACCCCCAGGCACUUUGAGAUUGUAUAGUCCAUAAACCCAUGGGCUGCAGACCCCAUGAAAGCUUUUUUCAGUCCCAGAAUCAUGUGUUUGCUGUGUGAGUAGCCACAGAAUCAGGACUGCUUACAUUGGAGUGAGGAAACAUGAGUAGACCAGAUAGGGUUGGGGGCAGUAUAUUGCUUAACCCCAAAGCAAAGAGUGAGGCAUAGCAACAUCAUCGCUCUUUUAAUUUCCAGAAUUUCCGAAGUGAAAUAAGUGCUAUUGGCAACAAAUAAAUGUUAGAAAAAACAGUGAAAGGAAUGCUAUUGAUGAGAAAUUAUGUUUUGUAAACUUUUGUAUAAGCUGUGAAAAAAAUCAUGCAUUGGGAAGGUUUUUUUCUUAAAAAUCCCACAUACAUUUAAAAUGUAAGAGUACAGUCUUUGUUAUAAAGCACUGAGACAUAUGCAAUGGAAAUGGUGACAAUGUUAAAUCAAAAUAUUCAAUGAGUGUAAUUUUACAUAGGUUACUUGACCCAUAACUCACCUUCUAAAUAAUACAAAAGCUGAAAUGUUCUGUUUUCUGGUUAUCCUAUACUGUACUCCUAACAUAGGAGACAAACCAUUCAUUUCUUAGUUUUACUUGUUUUAGCAGGGUAGCUGUUUUGGUUUAUCAGUUUAGGUUGCAAAAAUAUGGCUCUUUUUCUGAGUUGUCUUAUGGGUAAUUCAGAAAGGGCAUGCAAUAUUGCUUAUUAUUGAAACAAAUACAUAACAGCACACUUCCCUACAAAUGGAUGUUUAACAAAGCAUCUUAUGCAUGUUUAUUCAGAAGAAAAUAUUUUAGUAGGGUUUGCUUCCCGGUGUCUAGGCAUAUGUUUGCAUCUGUAAGUCUUCUUUCCUAAAGUUUGAUGAUCUCUUAUAAUCUUUUGUAUAUUAGAAAUGCUAUUUUUAUUUGGGGGCUUGCUUUUCUUCACUUGAUAUACAUUCUGUUACAGAUCAGUUCUUUUAGUCACCAUUACAAUUAUUUCUAGGUAGAAUGCCCAAAGGGGUAAUAUUGGCAUGGGAAAGAAUACAAAUUGGUUUUAAAUGGCGAUUUCCAUGGUUCUGUCAUCUGAAAACAUUAUGAAUGGAAUCGUGAAAAUCACUGCUGGUUCAAUGUAACUGUAUCUGUCAGCCUGAGAGCCAAAUUCCCAAUGUAGAAAAAGUUUUGGGGGCACAUUCAAUCAGUGGAUCUCAGGCAAAGGCAGUGUAAAUUGGGAUAGUCUAUAGGACCAUAUCUGGCCCACUGGCCAGAUGCCACUGCUGCUUUAGAUAAGCCUGCCCCAACUUGAGGCCCUCCAGAUGGUGCUGGCCACAGUUGUCUGAAUAAUGGCUAAUGUCUGUUCUUGCUGGAUAUAAUGGGAAUUGUAUCUAACAAGCCUCUAGAGAGAUCCAGAUAGGGGAAGGCUGAUCUGGAUGAACUAGGCAGAACCUAGAGGACUGAAAUGGACAGCUUGCAAGCAGAUCUCAAAUCCUGCUGCUCCGCUCUGAAUCCUCCCUACAGCAUGCAAGCCAGUCCUUGAGGUUUCUUUGCAAGUGGAUCCCAAGCAAAGGCAUUAAUUUAAAAUGAUAUAAGUCUUCAUUCCGGAGACAUGGAUCUUAAAUGUACAGCAUUCCUCAUAAGAAAUUAUGUAUGUUUUCCCCUCCUGGAAAUUAUGGAAUGCUGGUGUUCUUUGUCAGCAUCUUCAAGAGACACAGAAAAAAGCCUCUUUCUUGGAGCGGUGUGUGCAUUCCUCCUUUGCUGCUACAACUCGAAACCAUAGCGGUCUAUGAAAAUGUUUGGGAAACAGCUGACAAAGUUCUACAUACAGUGUUAGCUGCCAAUUUGCUAUUAUUUCCCUCUUACAUCACUGUGACUGAGCUAUUGCAGCAAGGUAGUUUCUUCCCUCCGCUACUGAAUUGGUCUCCCUGCUAUGACCCAGUGCCUUAAAUAUGAAUGAGUUGUCUUUUGUUCAUACCUUUGACUUUAAAAAAGUCAGCAGUUCAUCUUGAUGCCCAUGUGGUUUGCUAUAUUGUAAGACCUUUCCAGUGGUAUACUUGUCAUGUAUUAAGCCCUUGUGGUAAUAAUUACAUUUUAUAGUGUGCUCCAUUUACUAUACUCAAAGCAGAUAAAGUGAUGGAGCCAUCUGCAGAAGCUGCCAGACCAAUGAAGACACUACCACCCUAAUAGUGCCACUUUUCCUUCAGUGAGUCUUCCAUUUCCACACACCCCUUCCUGGUGGCUAACUGUGUCUACAGCAGUGGUUCCCAACCUUGGGUUCCCAU